AAUCCACCAUUAGCUUAACUAAAUUAAUUUUCCAAGUAAAACUGAUGAAACAUUCCAAUAUUGCGGUGUCUGUUACGCACGUCCAACCACAUGUUUCAAGGUUUUUCACGCUGAUAACGCACAGUGUCGCCGAGUUCGGGCUUCAGUUCGGUCGCGUUAUGUCGAGCGUUUGCUGCCUCUGCUGCACCGUCACCGGAAACCUGGCCCGAAGACUGUUGUACAAAUUCAUCAUCACCACCAACUCUUUGUGUUUGGGAUGCAAGCAACAGCCUCGUUUAAUCGGCGAGGACUCCGACACCGAAACAGAAUUGCGAGAGGAGUACACGCUGAACGUCGACCGGGAAACAGCCGAGGAACUGCUGAAGGACAGACAAAACGGCACCUUCAUUGUCAGACCGUCGAAGGACUCGAGCUCCACCAUGUCAAUUGUGCAAGACGGACAGGUGUUCCAUUUGAAGGUGCGUGACCGGAAAGACGGACUUGUGGCACUGGGUUUUGAAAAGGACAACGAAGUGACAUUCAAGAAUUUAAAUUCUUUAAUUGACUACUAUGUUAGUAAUAAUUUGUACCUAACAUCUGAUGGCAAGAUUUACAAAACUUUACUCCUUCCUUACACGAAUAAUAGUAGUUAUAUGGUCGAUUGAAGUGAUGAAGUUAAUUGAAAUGUUAAAAUAAAGUUAUGUUAACUUGCUA